ACGUGCUUGCCUCCUCCGCCUCUGAGUUGGACGGGAACUGUGGGGACGUCUGCCCGUCGUGACAGCCUCUCCAGCCGCUCAGCCGAACUUUUCCAGCCCAUGCUUGAGUCUGGAAGACGGUGAGAGCGUCCUCUCCGCAUUUCGAUGCAUGGGAGUGUCUUGAGAGCGGCGAAGGGAGACGAUCGUGCUGGUGGUCCUGACUGUUCAGCAGGAUGAGCGAGGCGGAGAGUCAGUUCUACAGCACUCAGGUGGGAGAUUCCACCUUCACCGUACUAAAACGCUACCAGCAGCUCCGCGCCAUCGGCUCUGGGGCUCAGGGCAUCGUGUGCUCUGCCCUAGAUACAGUCCUGGGUAUACCAGUGGCAGUGAAGAAACUGUGUCGUCCCUUCCAGAACCAGACGCAUGCCAAACGGGCAUACAGAGAGCUGGUGCUGCUAAAAUGCGUCAACCACAAGAAUAUCAUCCGUCUGAUCAAUGUGUUCACGCCUCAGAAGUCCCUAGAGGAAUUCCAGGAUCUCUAUCUGGUGAUGGAGCUGAUGGAUGCCAGCCUGUGUCAGGUGAUUCACAUGGAUCUGGAUCAUGAAAGAAUGUCAUACCUGCUCUACCAGAUCCUCUGUGGCAUCAGACACUUGCACUCCGCCGGCAUCAUCCACAGGGACCUGAAGCCCAGUAACAUUGUGGUUAAGUCGGACUGCACCCUGAAGAUUCUGGACUUUGGACUGGCUCGAACCGCCUGCACCAACUUCAUGAUGACCCCAUACGUGGUGACGAGAUACUACCGAGCCCCAGAGGUGAUUCUGGGAAUGAAGUAUAAAGAAAAUGUGGACAUCUGGUCGGUGGGCUGCAUCAUGGGAGAGAUGGUUAAAGGCAGUGUCAUCUUCCAGGGCACGGACCACAUCGACCAGUGGAAUAAGGUGAUUGAGGUUCUGGGCACGCCCAGUCUGGAGUUCAUGAACCGUUUAAUGGAAACGGUGAGGAACUACGUGAUGAACAAGCCGCAGUAUCCCGGCGUGAGCUUUGCGGAGCUCUUCCCCGAUUGGGCCUUUCCUUCCGAUUCAGAACAUGACAAGCUGAAAAGUCAGGCUCGGGACCUUCUGUCCAAAAUGCUGGUCAUCGAUCCCGAGUGCCGCAUUUCCGUGGAGGAUGCUCUCAAUCACCCCUACAUCCACGUGUGGUACGACCCGGCCGAGGCCGACGCGCCUCCUCCGCAGAUUUCAGACAAGCAGCUGGAGGAGAGAGAGCACACCAUCGAGCAGUGGAAAGAGCUCAUUUAUGAAGAAGUGAUGGACUGGGAGGAAAGAAAUAAGAACGGCCUCAUGAAAGACGACUCCUUAGUAUCAGAUGUGGUUUCUGGCUCCGCCUCCCAGUCCUCCUCAGCCAACGACAUCUCCUCCAUGUCCACGGAGCACACCUUGGCCUCCGACACGGACAGCAGCAGCAUCGAUACGCUCACGGGGCCGCUGGAUGAGACCCAGUGAACCCGCUCCACCCUCUCAUGUGCCUCCUCUUCUCCUCACCCGGUUCCAUGACAGGUUCCUCUUCUGGAGCAUUUGUUCUAUUAUCAUUUUAGUACUCAAGCGUUUUUAGUAUGAUGUCUGGUGGGUGUUCCCAAUCCCACUCAAGUCAUUUUUAAACCGCCUUGAGCUUCGUGGUCUUCAUCUACGUCCACACUACGUCCGGUUCCCCUGGGUGUUUUGAGAACACGGAAGAUUCAGUUUUUAUUUCACAUUCCGUUCACAACACAGUCAGAUCCCUUCAAUGUGCAUCGAUGAUCUUAGCGCGGUCUAAAGCACGUGGUUGUCAGCUGGCAGUAAGGUGGAAAUGACAACAGUAUUGAGGGAAAAUCUGAUUCUCCCUUGUCUAUGUUUUGUCUGUGCAUAAGUCCAUCAAAACAUGGCAAUGUGGACGCAGCCUCAAGUCAAGUUGCUCUUGUUUACAUGCUCAGAUGUACAACUAUCUGCACCAGUAUUGAUGAUCAUCGAACCCGUUGCUCUGAACACCUGUAUUUUAAUAGUCUAUUUUUUUAGCCGACCUGCGAAGCCAGAAUGAAGUCUAACUUUGAGAAGAAGAGCACUGAAUAAACGGCCGCUGCGGUGCAUGUCGCGUCACGUAGUCCAGACUGAGGGGUCCCCGAGCUCGCAGCGCGGCCGAUCCCCCCGCAACGGCUCCUCCCCCACACCACCCGAGUGGCUUCCGUUCUGUGGAUUUCAACCUUUUACUCUUGACUGCAUGGGGGCGCUGUGAUUGCAGUGCUUGUAGAUGUAAUGUAAUAUAUGUAAAAGAAGAAAAAAAGAAGUUCAGCGAAGCUGUUUCUUGAUUGAAAAUUGUUUGUUCCAUGAAUCUCCAAAUCACGAUCAGUGCGGUACUCAUCAAUGUAUAUAUUGAGUUAAAAAAAAAAAGAAAAGAAAAAGAUAGUGAGCGUUACUUGAGCGAUGGACUUUGCAUAAUGUUGCACAUCACUGUAGGCCUGUAUGAAAAAUGUAUUUUGGUAUGUCAAUAUGACGGCUGCGUUUACAUGGACAGCCAGAAAAGAUAGACGGCUUCUGUUUAUUCAAGUCAUGUUUCAAUCACGUUUCAGUACACCCUCCAUAGAGUUUUGUCAAGAUCAGAUUCCAUCGUAGCAGAAGCGUGUAGGAGCAUGUAAAGCAUAUUGUGGCUCCUCCCACAAAUAAAUCAGUGCUUGCGAUUUAUAAAAAAAAAAUAAUAUCCCCUUUAUCAAGUCAAACUUCAUUACCCGAGAACAUGGCCGAACAUAUCCGUGUUUUAAAGUGAUUCACAAUUGUAGUAUCGCGACACAGUUGUCCAUGUAAACGUAGCGAUGUACGAUCAGAGCACAGUCAAGUCACCAGGACAUUCAUGAAACACGCCAACACUAGCGUUUGACUUGCAUGAGGGCCUUAAAGACGCCAGUUUGGUCGAGCCGUUCUGCUGUUUAGCUUGCAGUACCUUGAUGUUUACGCCUCUCCAACUCUGGCGAAUGGACUUUCGUAUUCGUCGGUGUCCGUGCUGUUAUGAGUCUCCGUGCCGAACAACAUUAUCUCGGCCAAACAGCUUUCGCGUUCAAGCAAAUCCUACGGUCAUCUGCCGGUCCUUGUCCUUGUUUGGGAGCGAGACUGUGAAAUCCUCUGAUAAAAGAAUCAAACGGAGCACUUCUGAAAAGUCCCGGCAUCUUUCCAAACCCUUGAGAUGGCUUUACAUUCAACCAUGCCUUAUCUGACUGAGGGGUGUCCCGUUCACUCCCCGCCAUCUUUGUGUGUCAUGUUUUCCCUCAAACAUUUCUGAGUCAUCAGUCGUAUCUUCAUCUGGUAAAACCGUGCCACAGUUUCUCACAGUUGUGCUGUGACUGGUUGGUCAGCGCUGUUUCCCCUGAUGGAUUUACUUUUGUACCUUUUCAUCUGUGACUUGGAAGUACCGUGUCAUCUGGCCGGCAUAUUUGCUUGUAUGUGACUAAUAAAUAUUCGUGAUUCCACUGACUCGGUGGUGUCUUCCUGGACGGUCUCCAUCCACCCGCUCGUCCUCAAAAGCUCCGGACGAUACACUCCGUCUUCUUGGCCUCGUUGUUCAACUCCCCGAAGGUGUCCAAGAACUGCUCCAUGUCCUUCUGAAGCGUGGCGUUGCGUUGCUCCGCCGCCGCUCGCUCCCUCUCGGACUCUGCGAUCUUCGCCUGCACGGCCUGGUACCAGUGCCG